CAGGAAGAACAAUGCAGGUUUGGUCCAGGCUGUGGAAUAACAGACCAGCGUGAUACCCUCUCACAGAUAUUUGAGGAGGCAUGGGAGUUUGCCUAUCCAGUCUACAUGUGUUUCGUAGAUUUGGAGAAGGUAUGUGACGGUGUGCCCCAGAGUAUCUUGUGGGAGGUGCUGCGGGGAAUAUAGGGUGCUAGGGUUGCUGUUGGGUGCCAUUUGAUCCCUGUAUACUCGGAGCGAGAGCUGUGUCCGGAUUCUCAGCAUUAAGUCAAGCUUGUUCAAAGUGGGUGUCGGACUUCGCCAAGGGUGCGCUUUGUCUCCCCUACUGUUCGUGGUAUUCAUGGACAGAAUCUCAAGGCGCAACCGAGGUAUGGAGUGUGUCCAGUUUGGGGACAUAGGAGUGGCAUCUCUGUCAUAGGAGUGGCAUCUCUGCAGAUGACGUUGUUCUCUUAGCCUCAUCAUACUGUGACAUUCCAUGCGCACUAGAGCGGUUUGCAGCUGAGUGUGAUGUGGUCAGGAUGAGGAUCAGCACCUCCAAGUCUGUGGCUAUGGUCCUCUCCUGGAAAAAGAUGGUUUGCCCUCUUUAAGUAAGGGAGAAGAAACUGUCCCAAGUGGAGGAGUACCUUGGAGUCUCAUUCACGUGUGAGGGAAAAAGGGAUUUGGAGAUCGACGGCUGCCUAGGUGCAGAGGGCACAGUAAUGCUGGCAUUGUAUCAGACGGUGGUGGUGGUGAAGGAACUGAGCCAAAGGCAAAGCUCUCGGUUUACCAGUUGAUUUUCGUCCCUACUCUCACGUAUGGUCACAAGUUAUGGGUAGUGACUGAAAGAGUGAGAUCGCGAAUACAAGCGGUCAAAAUGGGGUUUCUCCAUAGAGUGGCAGGGCUUACUAGGGUGAGGAGCUCAGCUAUCCGGGAGGACCUCAAAGUAGGAUAGGGUGCCUUCCUCUGGAGGUGUUCUGGGCUCGGCCACCAGGGAGGAGAUUCAGGGGCAGACCUAGGACACGUUGGAGGGAUUAUAUCCAAAGGCUGGCCUGGGAUCGCCUGGGGAUCUACCCGGAUGAGUUGGUGGAAGUUGCUGGGGAGAGGGACAUCUGGGCUGCUCUGCUUGCCCCUUUGCCACCGCAACCCUGACUUUGACUAAGUGGUUAGAGAAUGGAUGGAUGGUUGGAUCAGUUUGACAGUUUGGAAAAGCACACGCAGUGGGGUAUUGAGUUCCUUGAUAGGUACACUAAAUUCAUCAAAGAGAGAUGUGAGAUCGAAGUCAACUAUGCAAAGCAAAUUAGGAAUCUUUCAAAGAAAUACCAGCCUAAGAAGAGCCUGCGAGAGGAAGAAGAGAGCAAAUACACAUCAUGCCGGGCAUUCCUGGCAACGUUGAAUGAGCUGACCGACUAUGCUGGGCAGCAUGAGGUCAUUGCCGAAAACCUCACUGCCAAAAUUGUCUCAGAGCUGGGGCGCUACAUCCAGGACCUCAAGGCCGAGAGGAAAUCGCAUUUCCAUGAUGGGCGAAAAGCACAGCAACACAUGGAGAACGCCUGGAAGCAGUUGGAAUCGAGUAAACGCAGGUUUGAGAGGGACUGCAGAGAGGCAGACAGGGCGCGGCAACAUUUUGAAAAGAUGGAUGCUGACAUCAAUGUGACCAAGGCUGACGUUGAGAAGGCAAGGCUGCAGGCCCAGAUGAGAGCCCAGAUUGCAGAAGACAGCAAGAGCGAGUAUUCCUCUUGUCUGGAGAACUUCAACCAGGAACAGAACCAGCACUACCACACCCUUCUCCCGCUCAUCUUCCAGAGGAUCCAGGAGAUGGAGGAGCGUCGUGUGGAGCAAGUGGGGGUGUGCAUGAAGACGUUUGCGGAGGUAGAGCGGCAGGUCCUCCCCAUCGUGGGGACGUGCUUGGACGAGAUGAGCCGCGCUGCUGAGAGCAUCCAACCCAAAGCCGACUCCCAGCAGGUGGUGGAGUGCUACAAGUCCGGGUUUGAGCCGCCUGGGGAUGUUGAGUUUGAAGAUUACGGGCUAAAGAGGACAGCUUCAGACUCCAACCUGUCUCACACACGCAGCAGGAGCAAGAGCAAACUGUGGCCAUUUAUCAAAAGAAACAGGCUCAUGUCCCUUUUAACCUCUCCUCGUCAGUCCCCCCCUCCCCCACCCUCUUCACCGCCAUCCCCUGAUCUCCCUAAUGGCCCCCACUCACCCAAACCACAGAGAGAGCCUCUUUCACAUCGCCUUUCCGAACUCAUCAGCUCCAAACCCAGAAUGCAUUGCAGCUCCAAACCCAGAAUGCACUGCUUGCGGAGCCUGAAGCGUGGGCAGUCCAGCAGCGAUAACUAUUUUGACAAAGAGCUCAUGAAGAGGACUUUAGGCAAACCAACAUAUGCCUUCGAGGCCAGACAAUAUGUUCUCUCUCUGAAGCUGGGAUCAGGAUCAGAAGACCUAAGCCACCUGCCACCAGAGCAGCGGAGGAAAAGGCUGCAGGCUAAGAUCCAGGACAUCGGCCGCCACCUUCAGAAAGAACUGGACGAAAAAGAGGCUCUGACCAAAAUGAAGGAUGUUUACCAGAAGAGCCCUCAGAUGGGGGACCCCAGCAGUGUGGAACCGCGAUUGGCUGAGAUUUGCGAGAACAUCGAUAGACUUAGACUUGAGGCCCAGAAAUUUGAGGGCUGGCUGGCAGAGGAAGAGGGGAGGUUGCCAGUGAAGUCUGAUCCCCCCAGAAAGCAGAGUGGACCAUAUGGGACAAAGAACAGCAGCAGCUGUGGGCAAGAUCGUGAGAGUCCAGAUGGCAGUUACACCGAGGAUCAGAAUUUAGAGAUGCAGCAGAGGAGUCAGAGCAACGAGAUGGCCGACAAGUUUGAAGAUGAGGAACCGCUGCCUGCCAUCAGCACCUGCAAAGUGCUAUACCCUUUUGAAGGGCAAACUGAAGGCACCAUGUCUGUGUCAGAGGGCGAACUGCUGCAUAUGAUCGAGGAGGACAAGGGCGAUGGCUGGACACGCGUGCGCAGGAAUGAUGAGGAGGAGGGAUAUGUGCCCACGUCCUACAUCCAGGUCUUCUUAGACAACAGCGGCCAAGAUUCCUAAGUGUGUGGCUGGAAGCCAGGCUGCAGUGGGAAACGGUUCCUGAAAGGGAGUUAGACACAGACUCAGAGACGCUAUGAGGCAUUUCACUACUCACCUCAUCACCCUCAACACUCUAGUACAUUACAGCCUCUUUCAUUACCCCAGCACUCAAAUAAAUUACAACUUCAUGCAUUACCGACAGCUCUCAAAUACAGUACAGUUUCUGACUCUCAAAUACAAUACAGGUUCUUUCAUUACCUUCAAAAUUCAAAAACAUUAUAACCACUUUAACUGAAAACUCAAGUACAAUACACAGCCUCAUUCAUUACCCUCAACACUCCAAUAAAUUAGAGCCUCUGUCAUUAGCAUCAGCACUAAAAUACAUUACAGCCACUUUCAUUAUCUCAUAACUCAAGUACAAUAUGGCCUCUUUCAUUAGCCUUAACCCUCAAAUUACAUUACAUUAACCAGGGAUUAGGAACGAAUGAUUUUUCAUUUAGUUCAGUUCCGAACAAAAAUGGUUAAAUAAGGUUUAAUUUCCAGAGUUCAGCCCACAAAAAAGAAUGGAAUAAUAGUUAGAACGAAGCAUAAAAAACAGUUAGUUAUGUUCUCAUGAUAAUUUCACAAUGGCAUCUAAACAAGGAAAGUGCAACAGAACUGAGUUGACAGUAACAAUAAACAAGACACAAAUUCAGAACAACUUAUAAUCAUUACCUUGUUGAAAGGUGCUUUCUGUGGAGAUGGUGUUCUAACAUGUCAUCCAACCUAUUGGUUUUUGUCCUAUUAAGGAGUAUUGCGCAUGAGCACAUCACAGUUACUUUGUUUUUCUCACAUUUAGCGGUGCACACAAAAAUUUAUGUUACUUUCACCUGGAUUUUUGACCGAAGUUUAGUAUUGCAUGUUUUUCAUCAUUAGUGUGGUUUUAUUAAAUUAUAAUUCCAUUUGUGGUGUUAAUUUAACCUUUCUUCAAGCAUAUUGUACAAAACCAACUUAUUGUUCUUCAGUUCCUUGAUUUUGUUUGUGUUAUCCAAAUGGCCAAACGUUGAUUGUCACUAAUGUAACCUACUUGCAAAAUAAAUGAUAAAUGUCAAAAGGCUGGAAAACUUA